AUGGGGUGCAGGAAGACAAGAGAGGCCCAGAAUAUGAUGUGGAGUUUGCCUAAGGUGUGGCUUAGAGAAAAAGUUGCCAUGGCAAGGGUGCCCGAUGGAAAUAUACAAUUUUGAGAGUAUGAGUGAAACGAUCAGGUCUUUAUUGUGAAGGUGAAAGCAGGCUAAGGACAGGCUUAUGAUAGGGAAAGGAGGUGAUAGAAAAAUGUGCCGGGCAGUGAUGGCGCACAUCUUUAAUCCCAGCACUCGGGAGGCAGGGGCAGAUGUAUCUCUGUGAGUUCGAGGACAGCCUAGUCUACAGAGUGAGUUCCAGGAAAAGAAAAGAAAAAGAGAAAGCCCCAAGCCACCCUGGACCUGCCACCAUGGAUGAGUCCUCGCUGCCUGUGGUUCCAGCCCCUAUUGCUGUUCCAGGGCCAGCACCAUCUGCCGCUGCCCCUCGGGUGCCCUUUCACUGCAGUGAAUGUGGCAAGAGCUUCCGUUACCGAUCGGACCUGCGGCGCCACUUUGCUCGGCAUACAGCGCUCAAGCCCCACGCAUGCCCUCGCUGUGGCAAGGGCUUCAAGCAUAGCUUCAACUUAGCUAACCACCUGCGCUCACACACCGGAGAGCGGCCCUACCGAUGCUCCGCCUGCCCUAAGGGAUUCCGAGACUCCACUGGCCUGCUGCACCACCAGGUCGUCCACACUGGCGAGAAGCCCUACUGCUGUUUGGUCUGCGAGCUCCGCUUCUCCUCUCGCUCCAGCCUGGGCCGCCACCUCAAGCGGCAGCACCGGGGCGUCCUUCCGUCUCCCCUGCAGCCGAGCCCAGGCCUGCCUCCCCUGAACUCCCCCUGCUCAGUGUGUUGCAACGUGGGUCCCUGUACGGUCUGUGGAGGUGGAGGGGCUGGCGGAGGAGAGGGCUUGGAGGGAGCAGGAGCAACCAGCUGGGGACUAGCAGAGGCCGCAGCUGCCGCAGCUGCCUCGCUGCCCCCGUUUGCGUGUGGCGCCUGUGCCCGUCGCUUUGACCACGGCCGGGAGCUAGCUGCCCACUGGGCCGCGCACACUGAUGUGAAGCCAUUCAAGUGCCCACGCUGCGAGCGCGACUUCAACGCGCCCGCGCUGCUGGAACGCCAUAAGCUUACUCAUGACCUGCAGGGGAGCAAUGCACCCCCAACGCAGGUCUGGUCCUCGGGUGGGGGUCCAGAGGUGGCAGGAGAUGGCGAUGCAGUGGAGGUAGGGGAUGCCCCGCCGACCUGGGACGCCGGGCUACUUCUAAGCCCCACCGGGGCAGGCAUCCCCAAGCUGGAGGCACUGCUCCCUGAGGGUGAGGGUGCAGAGAAUGCUCGGGCUCCGGCUGCAGCAGCCGAGGCGUCCUCGGAAGACACACUGUACCAGUGCGACUGCGGGACCUUCUUUGCGUCUGCCCCAGCCUUGGCCAGUCACCUAGAAGCCCACUCAGGCCCAGCCACCUAUGGCUGCGGCCACUGCGGGGCAUUGUAUGCAGCGCUGGCUGCUCUGGAGGAGCAUCGGCGUGCCAGCCACGGUGAGGGCAGUGGGGAGGUGGCCCCUGAUGGCGAGGGCGAGCAGGCGACUGGAGGGCCGGGGCCUGGCUCCUCCAGCCGUGGCAAGAAAAUCUUUGGCUGUUCAGAAUGCGAGAAGUUGUUCCGUUCGCCUCGCGACCUGGAACGGCAUGUUCUGGUCCACACAGGGGAGAAGCCGUUCCCGUGCCUAGAGUGUGGCAAGUUCUUCCGCCACGAGUGCUACCUCAAGCGCCACCGACUGCUGCAUGGCACAGAGCGGCCCUUUCCCUGCCACAUCUGUGGCAAGGGCUUCAUCACACUCAGCAAUCUCUCUAGGCACCUGAAGCUGCACAGGGGCAUGGACUGAAUAGCCAGGCCACCCCGACCUCUACAAGUCCAGAGCCAGAUCAUAAUAAGAUGAGGCCCUUGCCUGGAAAAAUGGUGCCACCCAGAACCCACACAGGACCACAGUGAAGCAUCCUUCAGCAAAGGGGUCCAAGGACAUAAUUGUUAGGGACUGAUAUUUACAGAGAGACUCUUGACUUUGAGACCCCUGGAAUGUGGGCAUGCUCAGAUCAACUGGCCUCCGCCACUGAGACCUGAGAAUGAAAAACGGGUCUCCACUAACACCUCUCAGCAGUUCACAUGUGGGUACCCUCACGGUACCCAUCCUGAGAGCCAUCAUUCCCAACGACCUUUAUCUGGGGGAUGGGGCAACAUCUUGGAAUCUUCAGGAUCCCUCCCCUCCAGAUGACACCCACCAGCCACUCACUGGUAGCCCCAGAAAAUGAAUAUAGCCAGAAUCUGCCUUUCCCCAUUUUGCUUCCUAUGCUGAAAGAGGACCAGGGUAGAUGCCCCCACCUUCAGUUAACCUCCUCAGAUUAGGUCUCCCUUCCUGCAGAAUGGUCUGACCCUACUCAUUGUCCCCCAUCCUGAACACUAGCUUAGACUGGCCCAAAGUCUCCCUGCCCUGUAGGUUGGAUUGACCCAGAUACACAUACUCCUGUGCACUUGCAAUGGGCUGGUGCAGGCUGUGGCCUGACUCCACUCUCCUUAGAGUAAUAGGGCAGACAUUUCCUAUUUCCUAGAGCACAGUCCUCUGUCCAAGGUCGUCCCAAUCCUGUGACCUGGUGGAGGUGGUAGACAUUGGGGUUUCCCUCCCCCUCAGCUGUAGUACCUGUCAGUCUUUCCAUCACUACCACCUUGUCUCUGUGUUCUAACCCCAAGAAGAAAGGGGGACUUGGCUAGGGGUUUCUCUCCCGUGAGCCUCAACCUCACCCCCUGGUCUCCCCAGUGUCUCUGGGACUCCAAUAAACCUCAUUUUGUCCAUCACUGCUGUCUUGUUUGCUGACUCUGAGACUCAGGGAGGUAGGGCUCUCUCCCUCUUGGACUUAGACUAUGUGCCCUAGGACCUAAGGAGAUGGUGCAACAGUUAAAAUGCAUGCUGUUGGGACCAGAGUUCAGUUCUUAGCGCCCACAUCGCCGCUCCUAACCACUUGUAACUGAGCUCCAGAGACUCCAGUGUCCUCUUGUGGCCUCCUUGAGCAUUGCACUCACAUGCACAAACCCACAUACGUGUGCACCUCCUUUCUUUUAACCUUUAGAAGAGAACAGGUUCACUAGAUACCGGUCUUUGAGGAGCAGAGUCAAGGGUCACUGCCCCUUCCUGUGGGUUUUUGAGCAGUUAAUGGUUGGUAGGGUUGGGGGAGGGUGUAAUGACUCCCAAGCUCCCACCCCUCCCCUGAGCAUAGGCAGUUAAAGACGGGCAGAGUGGGGGAACGACACUUUCCUCCUGCAAGUGCCCAGAUCCUCAAACCCUCGCAAGAGGAUUUGGGCACUCCAAUCCUUUUUAAGCCCUUCAGAUGAGAAACGGUUUACAACUCACCUAAGCAGCCCAUCUGGAAAUCAAGAAACACCCCCACAGGACACAUCCCUUGGAAACCAAGACAUAUCUUGAAGAGGUUCCAGGCCUUAGACUCUGUUUUCUGCAUGGCCAUACUAAGCGGUCUAAACUCUAAAUCAUACAUUGAACAAAGCAGAAAAUACUGGCCCUUCUUGAGCUUACUAUAUUCUACAGUGUGGGAAGAGAAAAUGGUGAUUUCAUGUGGUAGUGAACACCUUUGCAGCAGGAAGGAAGAACGCUGAGAACGUGGUGGCAGCUGCUUCAGGCGCAGGCCUGUUACUUAGGAAGUUAAAGUCCAGUGCCAGCCAGGAUGACUUAGAACCCGCCUCCGCAGUAAAAGAUUGUGCUGGGGAGAUAGGUCAGUUGAUAAAAUACUUAACUCAGCAUCAUGAGGGCCUGAAUUUAAUCUCCAGAACUCACACAAAACUUCCAGGCAUGAUGAAGCUAGAUAAACAGAACUAGGAUCCCUGGGGUUACUGCUCAGUCAGUCUAGCUUUAUCCAUGGGGUGCAGCCCCACAAGAGAUCCGAUCUGAAAGGUCGUGGACUCAUUGGCACGGAUCACACCCGAGGUUGUCCUCUGGCUUUCACAAACACACGUGAUACUCCCAUACAUAAAUGUACACUCUGUGCACACACACACAUUAACGAUUUGGGAGAAAAGAUUGAAAAGAGCUUGGAAUGAAGUUCAAAGGUAGAAUGCCUAGAAUCCCCCGUGAGGGGCUGGGGUGUGGCUCAAUGGUAGAGCACUUGUCUAGUAUCAUGUGCAACAUCCUAAAUUCAGUCCCAGUGCGCUCUCUUCUCUCUCUCUCUCUCUCUCUCUCUCUCUCUCUCUCUCUCUCUCUCUCUCUCUCUCUCUCUCUU